CCAACCAGGCAACCAAGAUUCUUUCAACUCCAUUUCUCACAAUCUCCACCACCAAUUUACAACUUUCAUCACUCCACUUCCAUCCUGGUAAAUGAACCAAACCAACAGUCGGAAACUCUCUUUCAUCCCUUUUCCAUGGGCCUCCUUCCCUUUUAG